AUGGGAUUGUUCCACGGCCACCAAGGGCGCCUGGAACAGUUGGAACAAGAGCUGGAGCGACAGCAAGAGGCAGAGAGAAACUUGAGGAACAAGAUUGAGCGACAAAAAGAGCUAGAGGAAAAGUUCUUAAGGCUGGAGUCUGCUCUUAAAAGUCAAAAUUCUUGUAGCGAUCGAGAAGAUUCUCCCUUAAGAGGAGAGGAUCCGUUUAGCGAGGACAUCAUGAGGGUAAAAGUUCCAAGGAACUUCAAAAGCCCUGAUAUGGACCUCUACGACGGAACCACUGAUCCAAAGCAUCAUUUAAGCAAUUUCAAAAGUCGGAUGUACUUGGCUGACUCUUUUGAUGCUACUCGCUACAAAGCUUUUCUGACAACUCUCACCAAAGCAGCGAUGAAGUGGUUCGAUAGUCUCCCUCCGAGGUCGGUCACUAGUUUCGACGACCUCUCGCAGAAGUUCCUCAUGCGAUUCUCGAUCCAAAAGGAUAAAGUAAAGCACGCACCGAGUCUCCUGGGAGUAAAGCAGGAGGUCGGAGAACCUUUAAGGGACUACAUGAAAAGGUUCAACAAAGCGUGCUUGGAGAUCCAAGACCUACCCACGGAGGCAGUGAUUAUGGGCCUAGUAAAUGGACUUCGAGAAGGUCCUUUCUCCCAGUCCAUCUCGAAAAGGCACCCGACCUCCCUGAGUGAUGUACAGGAGAGAGCUGAGAAGUACAUCAACAUGGAGGAAAAUGCCCGACUUCGAGAACCAAAUUGGCGACCUGGGCACUCUCACUCAUCAAAAGAGAAAAAGAGAGAACCCAAGAAAAAAGAGGAGGCCGACCCUGAGAGGCCUAGGAGAUACCACUCUUAUACUCCUCUACGAGUUUCCCUAGUUGAUGUCUACAGGAAAAUUUGUCAUACUGAAAGACUACCUCCCCCUAGGCCCAUCAAAAAUAAAAAGGGGGGAGUCGUGACAACUACUGUGAGUACCAUAAGCUAUAUGGUCACUCAAAAAAUGAUUGUUACGACCUUAAAAAUGUGA